GCAUUUGCGCCAACCAUCGUCACAGUCCAAAUUAUUUAAAAAAAUGUCAUCAAAAUCGACGAUCCUCAAUUGUCACAGCCAUCACAGCCCUGUCCCUAAUAUAUACACUAUCUGUUCGAAAAGUAAAAAUUGAUAGCGACAACCAACCUUCUUCAAGAAGACGAUGAUACUUUUUUUUACAAUUUCUUUAUGUAAUAAACGACCAAAAAAAACCUGGUACUACUUAAUAAACCACCACUUUUCUUUUCUUUUGAGGCCCUGCGUUCUUCCCUUUGAAUGGGGACUGAUGCUGCUGAUGUAGUUGAGACGCUGCCAUAUAAUUAUUCCUUCAAGGUCCAUCACUCGAUGUGCAUGGAAUUAAGGAAGUUGGUUGAUAGAAUUGAUAAAGUAUUUCCAGAAAUUGAAGAUGCCCGGCCACGUUGCUCUACGGGAAUACAUUCACUAUGUUUAUUAAAUGGCACAACUGAGAAGGCCAAACAAAUUCUUCGGCACUGCUGUGAAUCCAGUAAACUAUAUUUGGUAUUAAGUGGGGAUGCCAUACUCUCAAGAUGUCAAAGAUCAAGGAAGGAUUUUGAAAAAAGUUUAGGCCAAAUUCAAACUAUGGUUCCAACUAUGUUAGCUGCUGAGAUCUCUCGUGUUAUUGACGAUCUAAAUGGAGCUACGUUUGUGCUGGACCCUUCUGAUGCUGAGGCUGGUAAAGCUGUACGUGAACUGAUUCAGCAGGGCACUUCUGCAUCUGAUUCGGUGGAUAAUUUUGAAAUGAGAACUCUUCAAGUUGCAGCCUUAAAGCUUCAUAUUACAUCUCCAAAAGCCAUAUUGAUAGAAAAAAGAUCCAUCAGGAAACUAUUGGUUAGUGUCGGAGACAAUGACCCUACCAAAAAGAAGAUCCUAAAGUACCUUUUGUAUUUGCUGAAGAAAUAUGGAAACUUGAUUAUGGAAGAGCACAUAGAGAAUUCCAAAGCUCAGGAAUCAGCUACAUUUGUAAGCUAUGCCAAUUCCUCUGAAAAUAACCCACCUAUUGAAGUAGGGUGCGGUAUGGGGAUUAAGCGGUCUGAGGCUUCAACUGAUGUUCUAAGUAGUAGUAUGCCUCCCGAAGAAUUUAAGUGCCCCAUAUCUAUGAGAGUGAUGUAUGAUCCUGUUGUCAUUGCUUCUGGACAAACAUUUGAAAGGAUGUGGAUAGAGAAGUGGUUUAAUGAUGGGAAUGAUACAUGCCCAAAAACAAAAAUGAAACUGCCUCAUCGCGUUUUGACCCCAAACAAAGCCAUGAAAGACCUGAUAUCUAAAUGGUGCGAGAAGUAUGGAAUUCCCAUGUCUGACCCUAGCAUUCAAGAAUACGGUUUGCUGGAUAUUUCGUCAACGUCCAUUGCUAGUUUAGGCAUUUCUAUGAAUGAUCUACACCUCCCCCUGGAUAUCAGCAGUGUAUCUCUUGGGUCUUUAGAUGCUAGUUACAGUUUAGAUUCUUCACGAACUAAGGUUGCAGAUAGUUCUAGCUUGAUGUCAACAUGGAAAACUGAAGAUCUCCACAGAUUCCAGUCUAAUGAAUGUACACAGGAGGCAGAAUCCAAGUAUUUGACUAGACUUUCUGAGCUUCAGUGGGACUUCCAAAGUAAACUUAUUGAAGAUGUCAAAGGAUAUUUGCAGUCUAGUGAUCAAGCAUGUCAUUCUUUGUCAUCUGAGAAUUUUGUUGAACCUCUUAUGAGGUAUUUGAAGGAUGCUUCUGAACAACGAGAUGUUAAAGCUCAGCUGGCUGGAUUACAAUUAUUACUUACAUUUGCAAGUCAAAGCAGAAGCCGAAUAUCGCUCUUGCAUGAAGAUGCAUUUGAUCUGCUGGCAUCUUUCCUUGAAUCUGAAGUAGUUAAAGAGGCUCUUGCGGUUUUGGAAGCAGUGUCCAGCCACUCAUAUUGCAGAUCUAAAAUCACAGCAUCUGGUGCUCUUGUUCUUAUAAUAAAGAUUCUUGACUCGCAGAGCAAAGAAUUGCAGGAACGGGCUGUCAGAAUUUUGCUUAAUUUAUCUUCAAACAGUGAUAUUUGUUUAGAAAUUAUAAAUUUGGACUGCACCCAAAAGUUAGUUCCUUUCAUAAACGACGGGAGUAUUGCAAGACAUUGUAUAGUUCUACUGAAAAAAUUUUGCGACGCUGAAGAGGGUAGGAUCUCUGUUACAGAAACAAAUGGAUGCAUUGCUUCCAUUUCUCAACUGCUCGAAAGUGGCAGUCGUGAAGAACAGGAGCAUGCAGUAUCUCUACUUCUUACGCUAUGCUCUCAGCGAGUUGAAUAUUGUCAGCUGGUGAUGGAUGAAGGUGUUAUUCCUUCCCUUGUUGAUAUAUCCAUCAAUGGAAAUGAAAAGGGAAAGGCGAGCGCCUUAGAAUUGCUUCGACAAUUUAGAAACGUUCCAUAUGAAAACACACAAGAGUCCGUUGAAUCUGAUCCUGAAACCAAAAAAGAUGCUGAAGAGCAACAACCGCAAGAAAAGAAAUCAUCUUCUAGGUUUUUCAGGAGACCAGUUUUCUCAAAACCUGGUUCUCUAUUUACCAGAAAGGGGAGAUGACCCUUGGUUUGUCUUUUUUUUUCGUUUUUAUCGAGCUAAAAGUAGUUGGUUUGUCGUUUAAUUUAUUCUAACACUAAUUUCCAACAAGUAGAAUUCUUAGGUUUGAUCAUUGAUGUAUAAUUGAUGUAUAUACUUGUGUGUAUUAUUUAAAUGAUGGAUCCGCUGCCAUGAUCUGUCUGUAAAUGUAACUGUACAGUUUGUAUGAUUGGUUAAAUAGUACUAAAUAGUCUUUGGCCUGGUCUUCUA